AUGGACCAGUCUGGUCCCCCACCGCUCCAGAUCAUUGCCGUCCACGGAGGUGCUGGAUUUCAUCCCAAAUCGACCGAUUUAGAGGUCAAACAUGCGCUGCGUUUAGCAUGUAGCCGCGCUAUCGAAGCAUUCACGCGCGAACGCGGGGUCGCGCUGCCUGCCGUAUGUGAAGCAAUAUCUGCUCUAGAGGAGGAUGAAUGUCUCAAUGCUGGCUACGGUUCCAAUCUGACCCUCCGCGGUACUGUGGAAUGCGACGCCUCCAUUAUGGAUGGCCGCAACGGUAAUUUUGGCGCUAUCGGUAGCGUUUCAGGUGUGAGGUACCCUAUCAAACUAGCGCAUGAGGUCCUGCUAUACUCGCGCAAGCCGGACCCUCUUGGUCGCACCCCACCGCUCUUACUGGUCUCCUCUGGCGCGUCGGAGUUCGCCGAGUCAUAUGGACUACGAUGCCCACCUCAGUCAAUGGUUUCCCGUCGAGCGCAAGGCGAAUGGGUCAAGUGGAAGAACGAGCUUGACGCCGCGAAGUCUCGUCUAUCCGAGGACUCGCCAGCCACCCCAGGUCAGGAUGCGCCUCCACAGUUGCAGGUCGACGGCCUGCGCGAUAGACAGGACACCGUGGGCGCUGUCGCAUGCAACGCAGAGGGCCACCUAGCGGCUGGCGUGUCAAGCGGCGGCUUACUGCUCAAGCUUCCAGGACGAGUCGGCGAAGCAGCUAUCUAUGGUGCAGGAUGCUGGGCCACGCACAAGACGGCGUGCAGCGUAUCAGGCGCCGGAGAAUACAUCACCAGAAUGUCCCUCGCGCGCGCCCUCUGCGAGGCCAUUGAGGCAGCCGGGGACGAUACAGACACUCACGAGGUCCUCCAACGCGUUCUCGGCGAGGACUUUCUCCAGCUAUGCUCGGAUAGGGGCGAGCCGUCUCCACAGGCGGGCGUGCUGCUUCUAGUGAAGGAAGAGCGCUCCCGCGACGAUAGCGCGAACGUCGGGCACGAUAGCGACAUGGACAGCGACAGCGACGGCAAUGGCGACGAUAGCAACACCGACAAAUCCGAUCGUGGCGGGAACAGCCACGGGGGGCGUCCCGCUUUCAAACCUCGGCUCUGGUGCGCUUUCACAACGGAGAGCAUGGCAAUCGGGUAUGCGACGACCUUGUCCCCGAAGCCCAGCACUGUCAUCCUUCGCCGCCCGCCUCGGGCUCCUGGGAGGGAGAAUAGUCCAUCUGUGUACAUCACGGCGCUGCCGUUGAACUAUUGA